UAUCAAAUAAAUCCUGUGUGACUAGCAACAAAUAGUAGUUAACAGUGCAGUUAAAAGUGCAUAUUGACGCUAGCAACAUGUAUUUUUUGGCAGUGCUUGCGUUCAUUGGAAAUGCCAAAGAUGGCAAUGCGGUGAGCUCGAGCCUCAUACAGGGUGGCCACUGCCGGGACUACAAUGGCAAGCUGUAUGAGACGGGCAUGCAUUACAUGCCCGGACCAGACUCGUGCCGUCUGUGCAUCUGCGACAGCGGCCUGCCCAAGGCCUGUAAAAUGGUGUUGUGCGAGGCGUUUAGCAAGUGCAAGUCCUUCCAGACUGUUGGCAGUGGCAACAAUUGCUGUGAGGUCAUCUGUUUGGACGAUCAGUUCAGCGAUGGCAGCACCGACUUUGGCAUUUGACUGGUGGCCAGUGGCAUAACGGCCACUCUCUCCUUAUCCUUGCUCUUCUUCCUGGUGAAUCGCUUGAGGCAGCGUAAAAUGCGAGCACGCGAGAAUCGUCAGAAUGCGGAGGAUCAGCGCAGCAUUGUGGGCAGCAUUGGUUAUAUUGCUGGCAACAUGGGCUAUAUGGAGGGCAAUCUAAGUGCUAUGGAUUACUCGUAUGGUGGUGCCACAACGCAUUAUCCACUCUGGAAGCCACCCAGCGGCUAUUUUCCACGCGGCGAGGCACCGCCACCCUAUGAGGAGGCUGUGGCCAUAUCACAGGCGGAGGCCCUAAGCGCACAGUGCACUGUCACCUUGCCGAGUCAUGUGCAGCGGCAGACUGUGGCCAGUGUCAGUCAGCAGCAGCAGCAGGUGCAACAGCAGCAGCAACAGCAACAGCAACAGCAACAACAACAACAGCAGCAGCAGCAACAACAAUUGCAGCAGCAGCAUUUGCAACAACAUACGCUGCAGUUGCACACACAGCCACAACAGCAUCCGCAUCCACAUGCCUACACGCAGCAACUGGUGCCAGUUGCCACAUCUCAUACACACGCACACGCACACCAAUUGAACGCUGCCGCUGUGGCAGCUGCUGCUGCUGCCGCUGCACAGUCGAAUCAAUAUACGCAAAGCACCACAAAUCUGAUCAAUAUAAACAUCAACAGUGGCGGCGUUACCACAAUAGCAACUGGCGAGAAUCAUCAGCCGCCCUAUAGUUUACAGAGCGAGCAGCAGCAACACCUCCAGCAGCAGCAGCAACAACAGCAGCAGCAGCAUGUCUUGGAGCAUCAGCAGCAACAGUUGCAGCAAUUGCCGGCAGCAACGCCCAGCAAUUCGAUUUGUGUACAAGCGAUGCCCACGCCCAAGCCGAUUGUCAGCGAGUGCAGCUAUAAGAAUUGUCAUCUGAAUAUUAGCGCCAGUGUGACGACAGCUGCAGCUGCAGCGGGCAGCGUAUCCAACUCGUUGGCGUAUGCAGCAGCGCGACGUACGCCACGCGGCUCACAGGAGCUGUUGCAACAGCAGCCGCCACUGCCGCAACAACAGCAAUAUCUAACCGUAGCCGAUGUGGAGAUCAAUGCGAGUGCCAGUGCCGCCAGCUAUCAUUCACUGCCAGCGUCGGCCGAGCUGCUGGCCACGCCCACUCACCACAUGACGCAGCAACAUCAACAGCAACAUCAGCAGCAACAGUUGCUGGCCGCAGCCUUGUCCACUCCGGCCAUAGAUAUGCUGCCAUCAAUGGAAAUAGCAACGAUAACAACAGCGCCCAGCAACACAACAACAGAUUCGGUGACUCAAACGCUGCCAAUGCCGAUGCAUGCAGCACUUAAAUCCCAACAACAACAACAGCAACAACAACAAUCGCAGCAUGGCAGCAAAACGCCAUCGAGUUCGCGUCGCUAUCAUCGCACCAUACCACGCUACUUUGCCGUCGCCGAUCCGCUGCAAGUUGUCAGUGUGAAGCCCAAGUCCAGCUCCAGUUCCAGCACUAGCUCCUCGGAUGCCAACAAGACCAGCAAGAAACCAAUGUGCCAGUGCCCGAUACAGCAUGUACCCAUGUCCUAUAUGGGCAGCAAUGCCAAUGCCAAUGCAAAUGCUUUCCUCAGCGGCGCAGGCAAACUGUUCGCCUCCACGGGCAGCAAUCCAUGUGCACUCUCACCCGGCGCUGGCACCCGAAAUGCCUCCACAUUGGCCUAUGGUCAGCGCGCCAAAUCGUCGACAAAUCUGCAGCAACAGCAGCAGCAGCAGCAGCAACAGCUCGGACAGGAGCUGCUCAAUGGUGGACGUAAUCCAUGUGCUCAUGAGCCAAAGAUUGCCACCAUUUCGAAACAGGUGGGCGAUGAGCUGCAGCCACAUCCAUCGCAUGCUGGGGGCAAUGUAUCGGCAAUAACUCCGCCGCCGCCGUUGCAGCAUCAUGAGGAUGUCAGUGCGCCGCCCAUUGUGCUCGGCCGUGUGCAGAAGCGUUCCAGCAGUUCGAGCAGCGCUGCUGAACGCGCACGGAGCAGCAGCAGCAGCGGCGGCGGACGCAGUGCCUCGAGCAGUGCUGCUGCUGCCCAAGGCGGCGUCGAUGUGCUCUCCAGCGCCUAUUUGAAUCGAAAGGUUGAUGCCUACUUGAGUUUGACGCAGAAACAUCAGCCACAUUUCUAUAACCAGCAAGAACAACAGCAGCAACCACAGCAACAACACAACGAUCAAAGCAACCCACAAUUACCACCGAAACUUUAUAAAAGCCUAACGAAUUUAAAAACAGCCACAACAACAACAGCAACCAACAGCAGCAGCAACAGCAACAACAAUGCUGUGGCCACAAUUUAUACGCUGAGCAAAUCCACAAACAGCAGCAUGCAUCAGCGUAAGGAGCAAACGCCCACAUUGACCCUGCCCCCCGCCAGUCCGUCGGCCAGUUGCAGCGAGAAGUCGGCAGGUGGCAAAAUAAACUCGAGUACAUUUUAUCCGCUCGCCAAUAAUCAUGUGACCUAUACGCUGCCCAAGCACAUUAGCGGCAAGAUCUCGCUGAAUAGCACCAUCAAGAGCGUUGUCAGCAAGGUGCCCUCGGUGAUUAGCAUACCCCCGGUGGAAAACAACAACGAGAAGGCGGCUGCAGUUAGCAAAAGCACCACACUGCCAAAAAUACUGCGCGUGAAACGGGAGUCAGCCGCUGCAGCUGCAGUAGCAGCAUCAAGUGGAGCACCCACAAAUAGCACUCUGGCCAUUGCCCAUUGCCAGAUGCCCAGCUAUCCGCAGCUGACGGCCAAGGUGCAGAGAGGACGUAGUGUCACGCCCGGCAAGCAGCUACCCGUGUGCACCACAUCGAAGAACUGUUUGAAUCCUAACGAGCACUUCUUACCCAACGACACCAGUCUGGAUGAUGACUAUCUGAGUGAAUGCGAGAACUGUAAAAUUGCCCAGAGUGCCAAAUACUAUCUGGAUGCUGAGCUAAACGGUGGUGGUGCAUCCUCUCUAACGCCACAAGAGACCAUGACGCUGCAGCGCAAAUCGCUGGAGGAGACCAAAGAGGAGCCCCACGACAGCUACUACCGCAGCUCGCACACGCUGCCCAGCAAUGCCAAAAAGCAUGGUGUCAGCAAAAAUAACAAUCGCGAGGCGUGGCAAUUCUCAACGAUACCCGCAGCCAGUUCUUCAGAUGAGGAUGUCAACGAAUGAGAUAUGAGCCAUUUUCUUUAAGAUGCCACACCAAACCCUCAAAUGCCAAAAUUGUGCAUCAUAAAGAAAACGUAGGCUUCUAUAUAUUUCCAACACACGCACAUCCCAAA